ACUACAGCUGAGCUUCAAAAAUGCUACCCAAAGGCGAGAGCAAGAAAUUACUAAGUAAAAGCCACCAUAUUUAUUAUCAUUUAUUCAUCACUAAUGGUUGAAUAUUAUCGACCUCAAAACCUCUUCAUCAAUUGAACCUACCUACAGGUAAUAUAGUAAACUUUCAACAGUACUCGAGUACCUUGCAGAAAAUAUCCAUCGUCCCCAUAAUCCUCUCCAUUAUUUUCAUCAUUUCCCCACGCAACGCACUGCAGGACCAUUCAAGAUCGAUCCACCCACCCGAAAUAAACCCUGGCAACAUGAAUACUGUUGAAGAACCUCGAAACCGAAACCAAAACCAAAACCACAACCUCAACAUCAUCAAUACCGAUAGAUCCUCAUCACCAAAUCCAACCAAGAGUAUAUCACCAACCGGCAGAGCUUCAAAUAUUACCGGUGAUGAGCCUACAGCAACUUUAAAUCGACGUCGUACCAAUCGUUGGUCCACAGAUGGAAUUCCUUCGGGGGGAAGCCGCCGUAGGAGUUCGAAUUUCUCGGAAUAUUCGCUGAACGAAUUUAAUAAGAGUUUAAGAAAUUCAACAGACGACAUUUUAUUUCCUAAACCUAGCGACAUGAAGGAGGAACAUAAUCAUGAUUCUUCACACUGGGAUUCGGCCCCUCUUGCCUUUGCCCUUUUGCCAGCAAUUGGUGGUCUUUUCUUUACAAAUGGAAAUUCGGUCAUUACGGAUAUUAUGUUACUUGGAUUUGCGGCCAUUCUACUGAAUUGGUCUGUAAGGGUACCCUGGGAUUGGUAUCAUUCAGCACAAUCCAUUCGAAAGAAAGAGGUAUAUAAUGAGGAAAUGGAUCGGGAGAAAGGAAGCGGGGAUGAUUGCGCAAUGGACUCUACGACCGAAAACCUCGAGAACACGUCGGACGACAAACCGAACUCGCAUUCCAAAACAGAGCGACGUCAGCCUGUACACGAGUCUGCUACCAAUGAACUCUAUGUUCAUGAGAUAUUGGCUUUGUUAUCAUGUUUCAUAUUUCCUGUAGCCGGAGCAUAUAUACUACAUUCAAUACGAUCACAAUUAAGCCGCCCUUCCGAAGGAUUAGUCUCGAACUACAAUUUGACCAUUUUCCUAUUAGCAUCAGAACUGAGACCAAUGGCACAUUUAGUCAGGUUACUACGAGCAAGAACACUGCAUUUACAAAGAGUUGUGAAUUCACAUUCGUGCCAUGGUUCCAGUGGAAAAAAGACUGAAGAUAAUGAAGCGUUGGUCCGAAGAUUGGAGGAAUUAGAGGCGCGAGCCUUGAAUGUAGAGUCGUCUACCGGAAGCAUGCCGGAGCUGGUCUUGAAUGGGAAGCAAUCGGCAAUUCUUACUACAGAAGUUCGUCGUACAAUGCAACCAGAUUUAGAUGCUCUAAACCGAGCUGUACGUCGUUAUGAAAAGCGUGCUACACUUCAGUCCUUCCAAACGGAAAGCCGUCUAUUAGAUUUGGAAGCAAGGUUGAAUGAUGCUAUCUCAUUGGCGGCAGCAGCAGCCAAUAAUUCACAAAGGCGUGGCAAUUUCGGAAUUAUAUUCGAUUGGAUAUCUUCAGCUAUGAUUCUCCCAUUACAAGCUUUCGGUACUAUCGCGAGCCUUCCGUUGAAAACACUUCUCUCGGUGAUCAAUUGCAGUCGAUUUCUGCUUGGCGGCUAUGAAACAAUGGAGAAACCUAAGAGAAAUUCGAACAGUCGAUAUGUGCCUCAUUCAAAAGUUAUUGAUCGUGUACAAAACAAAAUAAAGAGAUGAUGAUAUAACAGUUGGAAAGUUGGAAUUUGGUCAUGACAAUCAUAAAGUUAGAACCAAUGAAUGAAAUGUUUCAUGCCACUUUUUUUCUUUUUUUGCAAGGAAUUAAUGAAGAAAGUCUGUUCGUAAGCCUUUUGAAACACGUCGUCGUAAAGAAUCUGUGAUUGAUUUCCGAGGGUCGAAUAGUUACACUGGCUGUGAGAUACGCAUCAUAGGGGUUCUAUCAAUCGAGGACGUCAGAGGUAGUCUGUUGUCAUGCGGAUGUAACGCAUUCAAAUCCGACUUUAUUGUUGACGGCUAUCGAUUCAAAC